AUGGCGGUAUCUUCUUACUCAUCGCUUCGACCUCAAGGUACUCAAUACCGCGCCCAUGCUCAGCGGGCGUCGCUUAGCUCGCAGUCUGGCCAGCGAGUACGGCACGUUCUGGCCGCCCGGCCCCCAGAGAGAAAAUUGCAAGUUACACAAGAAGAUACAGAAUAUACGUCAAAGAUGGCCAUAUCUGCAGGGCGGGUGGUACAGCAAUCAGCUGUAGAUAUUCGAGCUGCCGCGUUUGCCUAG